AGCGGCUGAGGCGGCUGAGGCAGUAGCGGCAGCAGCGGCGACGCGUCCGGGCAGGACUGAGCCUCCCGCUGUCCAGCACGCCUGGGAUGGGUAAUGGUGUGCAGGAAGGCUCGGUGCGCCUGCGAGAGGAUGCUGAAGCCGUCCUGGCUGGGGCCGUCUCCUCGAAGAGAGACCACAGGCAAGUGCUCAGCUCCCUGCUGUCUGGAGCCCUGGCUGGUGCACUUGCCAAGACAGCAGUAGCCCCCCUGGACCGGACCAAGAUCAUCUUCCAAGUGUCUUCAAAAAGAUUUUCUGCCAAGGAGGCCUUCCGGCUCCUCUACUUCACCUACCUCAAUGAGGGCUUCCUCAGCCUUUGGCGUGGGAACUCAGCCACCAUGGUGCGAGUGAUUCCUUAUGCAGCCAUCCAGUUCAGCGCACACGAAGAAUACAAGCGCAUCCUGGGCCACUACUAUGGCUUUCGUGGAGAAGCCCUGCCCCCAUGGCCACGCCUCCUGGCUGGCGCCUUGGCAGGAACCACUGCGGCUUCCCUCACGUACCCUUUGGACCUGGUUAGAGCAAGGAUGGCUGUGACGCCUAAGGAAAUGUACAGCAACAUCUUUCAUGUCUUCAUCCGAAUCUCGAGAGAGGAAGGACUGAAGACCCUCUAUUUCGGGUUCACCCCCACUGUGCUGGGUGUCAUUCCCUAUGCGGGACUCAGCUUCUUCACGUACGAGUCACUGAAGAGCCUGCACCGAGAGUACAGUGGCCGCCCGCAGCCCUACCCCUUUGAGCGCAUGGUCUUCGGGGCCUGUGCUGGCCUUAUCGGGCAAUCGGCCUCCUACCCUCUGGACGUGGUGCGGCGGCGCAUGCAGACAGCAGGUGUCACGGGCCACCAGCACGGCUCCAUCCUGAGCACACUACGCUCCAUUGUACGUGAGGAGGGCGCGGUGCGGGGCCUCUACAAGGGCCUGAGCAUGAACUGGCUGAAGGGCCCAAUUGCCGUGGGGAUCAGCUUCACCACUUUCGACCUCAUGCAGAUCCUGCUGCGCCGGCUGCAGAGCUAGGCUAACACAACAGUGGAUGGUGAGCUGUUCGAGCAGGGGCAUGCAGCUGUGUGCUCGCAGCCCUGUGGUACCUUGAGGGUGGGCAGGAGGACGGGACCUGACUUGGGGCUGUAGGGCCCAUAGCGAAGUGCUGGUCCUCAGGGUGUGACAUUGUGAUGAUGGAUCUUGGCUGUCCCCUCCCUUCAGUUCCUUGCUAUUGGCUGGUGAGUCUCCUGAGGUGUUACCCAAAGGCCCCUAAUGGGUCAAUUGCACUUCCUGGCCCUGUGUCCUCUGACCUGCUGCUGAUCUAGUGCCCAUUGGCACCCGGGGCUCAGAGCCCAUCCCUUCUUGCUAUGACCGUGCCUGGCCUGCAGAUGUGAUAGCAAUUCCUUUUAAGCCACACACUGGAGGGUCACAGUUUGCUCAGUGGUGGCUAUACCUGUGUUCCUCAAUCCUCCACCAUGCCUGCCUAUCCUCUCCCAGGUGACAAAUGGCUGCUCUUGCCCACAUAGCUUUCUCCCCAGAGCACUGUGCCCAUCCUAUUUCCGAGGGCUGCACCUGACCAUUGCCAACUACCUGGCUUGUACCUUUCCAGGAGGCCCUAUGGCCACCAGACAGGGGUGUCAAGUUCAGACCCCACUGGAAAUGCCCAUGUGGGUAUCACUGAUCUGGGGUGUCUUCCAAAGUACACCAAUCAGGCCGAAUGCAGGCCCAAAGCUUCUUAUAUGCACAGCAUCCAUGGAGGUAGGGCUCAAGCUCUUGAAACUGCCUUCUGUGGCUGUCAUCUAGCCAGGCCACAUGAAGCCCAAAGAUGGGUGGGUGGCUUUUCCUGUGUGAAUGAGUACAGAUGUAUCCAUGACCUGGGGAGCAGGGAAAGGCUGGGGUAUCCAGGGACCACCAGCCAGCUGACACAAGGAGAACCCCCCCACACACUGGGUUCCCUAGGUGUCACAGGAAACUCUUGCCUUUCCUGGUGUCUGGGGUUCUUGAUUUAGGGUCUUUGAGACAGUCCUAGCCAGAAGCCCUGGCUGUCCUGCUUCUGAGUGUUAUCUGGGCUAGCCUUCAACUUAGAGCAGCCCUCCUGCCUUUACUCUCUUUUCUUUUCUUUUUUUUUCUUUCUCUCCCUUCCUUCCUCUCUCUCUCUCUCUCUCUCUCUCUCUCUCUCUCUCUCUCUCUCUCUCUCUCUCUCUCUCUCUCUGUCUCUCUCUCUCUCUCUGUCUCUGUCUCUCUCUCUGUCUCUGUCUCUCUCUCUCUGUCUCUCUCUCUCUCUCUCAUUUUAUUUUCCCGAGACAGGGUUUCUGUAUAGCCCUGGCUGUCCUGGAACUCACUCUGUAGACCAGGCUGGCCUCAAACUCAGAAAUCUACCUGCCUCUGCCUCCCAAGUGCUGGGAUUAAAGGCGUGCGCCACCACUGCCCCACCUACCUUUAGUUUCUAGUUUUCAACUUAUCCUGCCCCAGGUCUGCACAUAAAACCCCUACCCUUCCUAUGCAAUGUGGCUCUGGCUCAGAGGUGAUCUGGGUGUUGAUUCCCACAGCUGGAUGGCAGCCAUCUCACAUGCAGGACCUGAGCAGGGUGGCUCGAGCCCUGGGCAUUUGCAAUUCUUGCUGCAGUCUUUGUUCAUUCUAUAUUUCUUACCUUGUGCCUGUGACGCUUGGCCAUCUCUCAGCCUCCGCGGAUAGUGAUGGGCCAUCCCCACCAUGUCCCCAGACACCCCCCCCCCCCGGCAGCCUCUGGUGGCUGAGAGGGACUGUCCUCUCGUGAGUGUACUGCCACUCCCUUCCCCACCUGGGAUGGAGAGUCUAGGCAUCCCUUACCAGGAGGCCGGAGGUGACUGAGGCUCCUGGGUCACCUCAGCAGGUUGCACCAUGUAGAUGGUUGGCUUGAGCCCUGCAUCAGGCAACCAGCAGGGCAGGAGAAGUGAGGGUGUCCUGGGUCCCUGAUCUUCUUGCUUCCCCAUAUCCCCCCAGUAGCUCUGUGGCUGCCCUCCCCCAUGGUCACUGUCCAGUAGCUCUGUGGCUGCCCUCCUCCGUGGUCACUGUCCAGUCUGGAGUUCUAUUUUGAUGCCAUAAAGACACUUUGUUUAUAUAUAAUGUUUAUAUAUUUUGAAGAUUUGUGCCAACAGAGUAUAUUUAAUAAAAUUUUAAAUAUC